AUUCACGUGCGUCAGAGGCAACACGUUUCGACAAAUACGCACUGCUCCUCGAACGCUCCGCAGAGUCGCGGCUUGCCCGAGUUUCCCGUCUAAUUUCCCUGCGUUCGACCACUACGCUGUUCUGUAGAUUCUACUUCGGAAUUGUGCGCUGUUCAAAAAUGGGGAAGAGAAGCAGGCAGCGGCAGAAGAACCAGAGCACCGGCAGGGACAGCAGGGACAACGCUGGCUGGGGAAAUGGCUAUGCGGAUAUCGUCAAGGAGAAUAAGCUUUUUGAGAGCUACUACAAGGAGCUGGGCCUGGUGCCCGAAGGAGAGUUUGAACAGUUCAUGGACGCAAUGAGGGAACCGCUGCCUGCGACCAUCCGCAUCACCGGAUACAAGAGCCAUGCCAAGGAGAUCCUCCACUGUCUGAAGGAAAAAUACUUCAAGGAUAUUCAGGAGCUGGAGAUCGACGGUCAGAAGAUCGAGGCUCCCCAGGCUCUGAGCUGGUACCCCGAUGAGCAGGCCUGGCACACGAACAUGAGCAGGAAGAUCAUCAGGAAGUCGCCCCUGCUGGAGAAGUUCCACCAAUUUCUGGUCAGCGAGACAGAGUCUGGUAACAUCAGUCGACAGGAGGCUGUCAGUAUGCUCCCUCCUCUGCUUCUCAAGAUUGAGCCCCACCACAAGAUCCUGGACAUGUGCGCAGCUCCAGGGUCAAAAACAGCCCAGCUGAUUGAGAUGCUCCAUGCCGACAUGGAUGUGCCGUUUCCAGAGGGCUUUGUUAUCGCCAAUGAUGUGGACAACAAGCGAUGCUACCUACUGGUGCACCAGGCCAAGCGUCUCAACAGCCCCUGCAUCAUGGUGGUCAACCACGACGCCUCCUGCAUCCCAACACUGCACAUCAACUCGGGCGGCAAGAGGGACGUCCUCUUCUACGACCGCAUUCUGUGCGACGUGCCCUGCAGCGGGGACGGCACCUUGAGGAAGAACAUUGACGUGUGGAAGAAAUGGACAACCAGCAACAGCCUGCACCUCCACGGGCUCCAGCUGCGAAUUGCAGUACGCGGGGUUGAACAGCUGGCUGUCGGAGGGAGGAUGGUCUACUCCACCUGUUCACUCAACCCUAUAGAGGACGAAGCUGUCAUAGCAGCACUGCUGGAAAAGAGCGAAGGAGCGCUGGAGCUAGCCGACAGCUCUGCCGACCUGCCGGGGCUGAAGUGGAUGCCUGGAGUCAGUUCCUGGAAGCUGAUGACCAAAGAGGGCAUGUGGUAUUCGGACUGGUCCGAGGUUCCAAGCAGUCGGCAGACACAGAUCCGUCCCACCAUGUUCCCGCCCACAGACUCUGAGAAACUGGCUAGCAUGCAUCUGGAGAGAUGUAUGAGGAUUCUGCCACAUCACCAGAACACUGGAGGGUUCUUUGUGGCUGUGCUGGUGAAGAAAGCCCCGAUGCCGUGGAACAAAAGAUUUCCCAAGAUGAGGAAGGACGUGUCAUCCAGCUCAGCAGCCCAGACCGGAGGCUCUCCAGCGGCCUCGCUCCCCACCGAUGCUCCCCACCUCGCGGAGAGUGUGGAGGGGGAGGGGGGAGGCCCAGAGAGAAAACUAGGUGGGGAGGCAGAAGAGGAGGAGGCAUUCAAAGGAGCUUCUUUGGCUCAGGAGACUGCUGCUAAACAAGAUGGAGUGUGUGGGCCGCCACCCUUGAAGAAGAUGAAGCUGUUUGGUUACAAGGAAGACCCCUUUGUGUUCCUGACUGAAGACGACCCUGUCUUCACCACCAUACAAUCUUUCUAUGAUCUGUCCCCCGACUUCCCCAAGCUCAAUGUUCUGACCAGGACCCACGAGGGCAAGAAGAGACACUUGUACAUGGUGUCCAAGGAGCUCCGCAACAUGCUGCUGAACAACAGCGAGCGCAUGAAGGUCAUUAACACUGGGGUGAAGGUUUGGUCUCGCAACAGUGAUGGAGAGGAGUUUGGCUGUGCCUUCAGACUGGCUCAGGAGGGUAUCUACACUCUGCAGCCGUACAUUCGCUCCAGGAUAAUCACAGUGAGUGUGGAGGACAUCAAAGUGCUGCUGACCCAGGAGAACCCCUUCCUCAGCAAGCUGCAGGACCACGCUCACGCUCAGGCCAAGAAACUGGGAAUGGGUAGCAUUGUGUUGAAGUACAUUCCCAACCCAAGUAACCCAGCAGAGCCUCAGUGUUCCAUCCAGCUGUGUGGCUGGAGGGGAAAGACGUCCAUCCGCGCCUUCGUCCCCCGCAACGAGAGAUUUCAUUACCUGCGAAUGUUAGGCGUGGAGGUCUUCAAAGACAAACAGGGCCAGAAACCGAGCGAUGGAGAAAAGGAAGGGAAGGAAGGGGAAGAGGCCGAGGUUCAAAAGGUCACAGAGGAGGAAUCGGUGGCAGAAAAUGAGGGCGAGCUUGACUUGGGGAACGGCGAGGAAAACAGAUCGUCAGAACCAAAGGCCGACAGCGGCAGCCAGGGGACUAGUGGCUGAAAAUGUAGAGGAGACGGGAGAGAGACGGCAGGAUUGACUGAGGACGGAUUAGAGCUCUAAGAGUGAUCGACCAGAUCCAAGACCACGGGAUGUGGUAGAGGAGGGUACUACUUCUCCGGGAUUCCCAGUUUAUCUCACUGAAGGAUUUCCUCCCAGAGAUGGACUCCCUUGAGAUUUUUCAUUUUUGGAUCCCUCCAGGAGUCGGCUUUUUAGUUAAUGGCUUGUCUUAUUUUUAUGGAUGUUUUUCAUGUUUUAACAAAUUUAUUCCACUGAUUAAGGGGCAUCCGUUUUUUUUUCUUCACAUUGCUCAUGUUUGAGAGCUUUAUAUUUAAGGGGCAAUAAGCGAUACAAAAGCAAUACAUGUUUUGUAAAAAUCAGCCAAUAUUUCCUCACGGUCCGCUAGCUGUCGGUUCUGAAAAAUAAAUCUGGGUUUUCGUCUCAGCCCUAGCUCCGUAAAUUCAAAAACAAGAAAUGGUGUGGAUCGCGCCUCACAACACUGCAAGUGCAGUUUGUAAACAUCACUCGUCGACACCUUCAGAGACGUGCUAACAUGGCACUGCAACUCCGCGUUUUUGGCGUAGUGGUUAGCGCCUCGGUCUCCCAUACCCAAAGUCACAAAAUCACAACAACAACAACAACAACAAAGAAAAGUGCUUUCUCCAAAUCGCUUACUGCCCCUUAAACUACAGUGUCAUUUUUUUUUUUUUACACUGGUAAAUAAGCAGAAAUCAAGAGUUAAUUAAAGGCGUGAAAGGUUAA